UCGAUGGAUAUUAUAAAGGGAAACCUAGAUGGAAUUUCAAAACCAGCCUCAAAUUCAAGAACACGCCCUGGGAGCAGAAGUUCGAAUGCUUCUUUGGAGGUGCUCUCACCAGAACCAGGAUCUUUCAAGGUUGAUACUGUAAGCAGCUUGAACUCUGGUAAAGAGAACCACUCCGAAAGCAGUAGUACAGAGAACAGAAGAACUAGUGAUGAUGAUAAGGGGGAAAACCACUCUGAGAAAAUACAGUUGGCCGAAGAGGGAUCAGAUGAAGAUCUUGAUUUGGUUCAACAUCAGAUAAUCACUGAGUGUUCAGAUGAACCCAAAUUAAAAGAAUUAGAUUCUCAACUUCAAGACGCCAUUCAGAAAAUGAGGAGACUUGAUAAAAUACUGGCAAAGAGACAACACAGAGAAAAAGAAAUUAAGAAGCAAGGCCUAGAAAUGAGAAUAAAGCUGUGGGAAGAACUCAAGUCUGCAAAAUAUAGUGAAGCUUGGCAAAGUAAAGAGGAGCUGGAAAAUACAAAAACAUUUUUAUCUUUGACUGCUGUGUCUGAAGAAACUGUUGGUCCUUCUCAUGAGGAUGAAGACAACUUUUUCUCAGUGUUUCAUACUCAGAUCCCUCCAGAAGAAUAUGAAAAGCAGAUGCAGAAAGUCAGUAAAGAUUUUACCUGUGAUGUGGAAAGAAAUGAAUCAUUGAUCAAAGCAGGAAAGAAACCUUUCUCAAAUACAGAAAAGAUUGAGCUCAGGGGCAAACACAACCAGGAUUUUAUUAAGAGAAACAUUGAGUUGGCCAAGGAAUCAAGAAACCCAGUGGUUAUGAUUGACAGAGAGAAGAGAAGGCUGAUUGAGCUUUUGAAGGACUUGGAUGAUAGAGAUUCUGGGCUCCCCACUUCUGAGGGUGAUCAGUCUGGCUGGGUGGUCCCGGGAGAAGGAUAUGCGCUUGCAGUCAGCCAGCAUCAACAACUUGCUGAAAUUGAUAUCAAACUCCAAGAACUCUCUGCAGCCUCCCCAGUGAUUUCCAGCUUUUCUCCAAGACUUGAACAUCAGAAUAAUCAGGAACCUGACCUUGAUGGUGAAAGAAAUAUGGAAAUAACUCCAGGAGAAAAGGUACUUAGGAACACCAAAGAGCAACGGGAUCUGCAUAAUCGGCUGAGAGAGAUUGAUGAAAAGCUGAGAAAGAUGAAGGAAAAUGUGUUAGAGUGCACAUCACGUCUCUCUGAAGAACAGUUAAAGUGUCUUCUGGAUGAAUGCAUAGUUAAACAAAAAUCCAUCGUUAAACUUUCUUCAGAAAGAGAAAAUGACGACAUUGAAGACGUAACACCUGUGUUUCCCCAGCUUUCCAGAUCCAUCAUCUCUGCAUUACUAAAUGAAUCAGAAACAAAGAUCCAGAAAACUGAGGAAGAAGAAGCAAAUUUGCUUGAGAGUGCAGAAUGUGAAGCUUCUAAAGGCUACUAUCUCACUAAAGCCUUGGCUGGACAUCACAUGUCAGAAGCGCUCAUCAUUGAAGCAGAGAAUAUGAAAUGCCUUCAGUUUUCUGAGGAUAACAUUGUUAAUGACACGAAAGACUAUUUUAUGUCGAAGACUCUUGGCAUUGGGAGACUGAAAAGGCCCUCUUUCUUGGAUGACCCACUGUAUGGUAUCAGUGUGAGCCUUUCAUUAGAAGACCAACAUCUGAAACUCAGUCCUUCAGAGAAAACAGAAACAGGUGAGCAGGAGACUAAAGAUGCAGCAGAAGAAUAUAAAGAAUCCUAAGCAAGGACUUGCUGAGUGUGCUUUUAAGAAAGUUGGUAAUGAAGUUAAAUUACAUUUUUUAUUGAAUUAUUUGAAUUCAAUGAAUGCACUGUAGCAACUAUUCUUUAAUGAUUUUGACAUUUGGAGUCUCUCUUUGUGGAUUAUAUUUCCUUGAUAUUUUUGAGACUUGGGGUGUGAUUGUUCAGUGGUUUUUGUUCAUUAAGAUUUCUGGGAACAUUGUUU